UUUUAGCCAACUAUUAUAGGUUUCAUUCAGUCAUUCACUGUUCAAUACCACAUAAUAUAAUACUUGUACUUACUUGUUUCAGUACGGUGUACCUACCUAUAAUAGUAAUCGAGUCCGUAGCCGACUAUUAUUGUUAACAAUAAUAGUAGGCUAUGCCAUAACUCUACACAAAAAAAAACAACUGUCAAAUAUGAAUUACUAUCCUUAAAAUCGAGGUUAAGUUUCGUUAAUGUAUAAACACAUAAUAAUAAGUUUAAUUUAUGAUCAAAUAUUCCUUUGUUAAAGUCUAAGAAAUCUAUUAUCCUAAAAUGUCUAAAUCUGUUUCUCGGUUAAAAUCAAUGAAAAAAGUAGCGGAUAAAAUUGAUCAUUCGUCAAAACUCCGCACUAAUGUUCCUGCUGGAAUGGCUGCGGCUGGACCUCCACUCGGUCCAAUGCUUGGGCAACGUAAUAUAAACAUACCAGCAUUCUGUAAGGAUUUCAAUGAGCGUACUGCAAAUAUAAAACCUGGUAUACCUGUCCCAGUCAGAGUAAAAGUGAAUCCAGAUCGAUCUUAUCAACUGGUCAUCCAUCAACCACCAGCAUCCUAUUUUAUAAAACAAGCAGCUGGAACGAAUCGUGGAGCUAUGGAACCUGUGAAAGAGAUAUGUGGUAAAAUAACACUCAAACACUUAUAUGAAAUAGCUAAAAUAAAAUCACAAGAUCCACCAUUAGAAUGGAGAUCAAUGAAAGAAAUUUGUACUAUGCUUAUUGCAACAGCAAGAACAUGUGGUGUAGAAGUUGUGAAGACUUUAGAUGCUAAAGAGUAUGGAGAAUUUUUAGAAGAAAGGAAAUCAAUAGUAGAAGAACAAAAGAAGUUAUUACAAGAAAAACGAGAAGCAAAGAUGUUAAGAACAGCAUAAAUAAUUAUUAAAAUUCAACAUAGAACAUUAAUUAAUAUUUAUGAGGUAACUAGUGUAAAAUAAAAUUAGUAUUAGAGUAAUAA